CAUGACGCAAGAAGGGGGGAACAUGGCGAUUGUCGGUUGGAUUUGCGAACAGGGGCACGGUAACGAAGGUCGGAAGAGACCAAAGUGAAACGACGUUGACUUCGACGCGUUGUGCUAUUUCAAGUAUAAUUUAAUUCAGGACUAAACUAUUGAAGGAUCUGGUGUCUCGUAUAAUCCCUUAAAAAGAUGAGUUUCUUUAGUAAAGUGUUCGGUGGUAAAAAGGAGCCCGUUGCUCCUUCAACUGCCGAGGCAAUCCAGAAGUUGAGAGAGACUGAGGACAUGCUUAUGAAGAAGCAAGAUUUUCUAGAGAAGAAAAUUGAUACCGAAAAACAAACUGCCAGAAAGAAUGGGACGACGAAUAAACGAGCUGCCAUCCAAGCGCUCAAAAGGAAGAAGCGUUAUGAAAAACAAUUACUGCAAAUUGAUGGCACAUUGUCAACAAUCGAAAUGCAGAGAGAGGCUCUGGAAGGUGCAAAUACCAAUACAGCGGUCCUUACCACCAUGAACAGUGCGGCCGCUGCUCUCAAGGCUGCCCACCAACACAUGGAUGUGGAUCAAGUACAUGAUAUGAUGGAUGACAUAGCUGAGCAGCAAGAUGUAGCUAGAGAGAUAUCAGAUGCGAUCUCCAAUCCAGUAGCAUUUGGCCAAGAUGUGGAUGAAGAUGAGCUCGAAAGAGAACUUGAAGAACUUGAGCAAGAGGAACUGGACAAAGAACUAUUAGGAGUUGGUGGCAUUACAUCUACUGAUGAACUUCCAGCAGUUCCAGCCACUUCGGUGCCUACCGCCCCUUCAAAAGCACGAUCAAAAGCCAAAGCGGAGGACGUUGAUGAUGAUCUUAAAGAACUGGAAUCAUGGGCAUCUUAAAGGAUUUAGUGCAAUUCUUAAUUAACCAAACGGAAGGCAUAAUCCACCUAUACUUUCAAUUGUAUCUCAUAGCAUCAAGCUAUUGGAACGCAAUUGCAUUGGUGAACAAAAUUUUUGGAAACAUUGCCGGAAACAGGGCAGAUUCUAGCCUUCAAUAGUUCAACCUUUGAAGAAAGGUAGCUUUCAACUGAAAACGGCGAUAUCUGGCCAAGGCCACGGAUGAGCCCCAGACACUGUCAUUAUAUGGUAAAUAACCAACAAUAUACAAAUAUGACUACAACCAUUUAAGCCAUGAGAUUUGUCGCGUUACUGUACAUAGGGUGACUGCUUUAUAGAUCAUAAAUGUAAUUCGUUUUUGAAAAUUGCCUUAAUCGCAUAUAUGUAUACAAUACAUAUUUAUUAUAUACAUGUAACCGAGUCUGUAAUUAGCUUAACUUGAUCUAACAUUGCUCUGAUAAGCUUGUUUCGCACAAUUUGCCGAGACACCUACUGUUUAAAAUAAAUAUAACAUGGUAAACAAAA